AUGUCAAAGUUCAAGUUAAAGGCUUUAUUAAUUCCGAAGGAAUAUGAAAAGAUUUCCAUUGAAAACAUUGACCCACGAGAGUAUUUAAAGUUUUUGUACUUGGUUGAUCCAAAUAGUACUAUUGACGAAUUGGAAGAAGGGUUAUGUAAAAGAUUUAAAAGAAGAUAUCCCAAAGAAGAUGAUUUGAUUGUUUUCUCGUAUCAAGACCAUGAAUUAUUAGAUUUAGAUCCUGAAUUUGAAAUAUCAGAUAUAUUUGAUGAACAAAAUAAUGAAAUCCGUAUUUUGGUUGAUAAUACUUUUAAAAAUGUUAUUUAUUCUCCUGAACCUAAUAUUUCUACACAUAUUGAUUUCCAAAAAACACGUACUAUACCGGGUGGUGUUUAUCUGAAAGAAUCAAAUCAAGUGGAUAUGACACCAAGAAGAACUACAAGUUCCACUAUUUCAUCUCCUGUUACAUUAGCUCCACCUCCAUCAAGGACAAAAUCAGGUCGUAGUGUUCCUGAAAAGAAACCAGUGCAGAAAACUAAAAGCAGUAGAAUUACUAGUGGUAUGCUUGAAUCAUCACCAAUUAGUAAAGAAAAACAAUUAAGUAAUACGAGUCGUUCCAGUACAACUACUGUGAGAAGUCCAUCAAAAUCUGGCUCUAGAGAUAAAUCCAAAAAGAGAUCUUAUAGAGAAAUCAGUAGCGAUGAAGGUAAUGGAAGUAGUAGUGAGGAUAAUUUUGACAUGGAAGAAGAUGUUGAUUAUGAACCUGAUGAUAUUGCCCCAAUAGAUGAUGAUGAGAAUGAGAAAAUAGAACCUGAGGAAAUGAUUGGCAUGGUGGCAGAUCUUAAAAAUAAAGACGACAUUGUGGUUGAUGAUGAAUUUCUUAAUCUAUCAGAGAGACAAAGAGCUAUAUAUAAAGAAUUGCAAAUCAAUACUGUUGAAGGAAAUCCAAGUUUAUAUUUGGGUAGAACUAAGAGACGAGCUGCUAGAGAAGCAAGUAUGGUAUUGAGUGGUUCCAAAUCAAAUAAGACAACUUCGAGAACUAGUAAAGUUAAAAAACCAGCUGUUCAAUCAUCAGUAAAGAAACUGGGAUCUACCAAAUCUCAUACAAAAAGUAAUCAUUCUUUAGUACCGUCUUCAGCAAAGCCAUCUACUUCUACUUCUUCCACAAUGAAACAUUCUUCAGUAGCAUCACCAGCCACACCUGGUAGUAGUAAAUCAAAAUCUAAAAUUUCAUCCACGACAUCAGCGUCAAAUAAAGCAAUCAAACCUAAGGUGAAAAUAGUUGUUAAACCACCUUCGGUAAAGAAAGUCAGCAUUUUGUCGGAUAUUCAUGAGCGGUUGAAGAAAUACGAAAAGAGGAUCAUGGAUCUAAUGGUGAAGAAUGAAGAUGGUGGAAUCGAUGGAUAUGAUGCUAUUCCUGUUGAUUUUGAUGAGGGUCUCCGUCCAAGCGAAGGUCUUUAUAAUGAAACUCCAGUUGAUGUCAAGUUAUAUUUAACAAAUAGAGAUGGUAGUGAUAGAAAUCUGGUGGUAUCGUUACCUGAUGAUAAUUCUCCUGUGGAAUCUGAAAACAAGCUGGAAUUGAAGCACGAAGCUCCUGAAAGUAACGGAUUAUUUUCUAGUCAAGAUAGUUCCAGUCCAACUCAGGGAUCUUUUACUGAUAGCAAAACCGCAACAGAGAAACCAAUUGUUAAUACUAGUGUUGUUGAAAAUGACGUGUCAACCGAUCAAAAAAUUAUCACUGCAGCUAUUGAUAUAGCUAAAGCAAGUGUUCUUGCAAACAACGCAGCAACAAAUCAAACAGAUAUGACAAGGAAUGUUGAUAUACCCAAACCAAGUAUUGAUACAAUUACUGUUAUGGACGGAACAAAUGCCAAACCAGGUGCUAAUACUCCAAAACCGAUUGCCACAACCAAUGAUGAUACGCCAAUGGAAAUUGCCACUGAUACUGUUGUUACGGACAAUGUGAAUACAAAUGGAAACGAAACUAUUAUUGAAAACAAGAAUGCAAACGGUAACGGCAGUGCUGGCCUAGAAGAAAACAUCAAAGUCAAUGGUAAUAACGUCAACAAUGGUACCCAAGCUUUCAAUGAGACCAAUGGUAACCAAGCUUUUAAUGAGACCAAUAUUAACAGUGAAAUCAAUGAUAUCAAUUACAACAACGAUGAUAAAAAUCAAGACAACACUGUUGACAGUAUGAUUGUUGACAACAACUUUGACAACAGUAUCAAUAGUGACAAUGAAAGUGUUCAUAAACACAAGAGCAGUACCAAUGCUUUUGCUAAAAUAAACGACUCAUCUGAUGAUGAGGACGAUGGACAGAUUAAUAUGAACUCUGCUAUAGAAGUUCCAAUUAUAGAUAAAGUUGAAGAUGUAUUUGCUAAGAUUGAAGAUUCAUCUGAUGAAGAAAAAGAACGUUCAAAGAAGUUUGAUAUUUUUGCAAAGAUAGUAGACAGUAGUGAUGAAGAAGCAGGUUAG